AUGGCGCAACAAAAACUGAAGAAGGGCACUAACAAAGCAGAAAAAAAUAACUUCUUUGGCAACAAACAACAACCGGAGAGCGGAGACGCUCAGAGGCCCCCACAAGAUGGCGACAUCAGCCCGGAGUAUCAAACAGCAACUCAGGACGCUGAACAAACCAUAUCAGACAAUAUACUCACCAAGAGCCACUUGCAGGCAGCGCUCGAUCGCUUGUCACAGACACUCAUCAUGUCCUGGCAGCAUUCCAUAAACGCCUUGAGGAAAGAU